UUGACGCAUAUGAAGCAUUCUCGUCACGGUUGGGGGUGGGGAAUUUGAACGAUACUCGCUCCCUCAUAAACGUCCAGAUCAUCGGCCCACGCUGCUCCUCCCCCGUCAACCACUGCACAGUCACGAAACCACAUCGCCCGCUUUCUCACCCUCUUUGCCUGUGUCUCUGCUCGUUGCGCUCGAGAGAAUGCAGGCAAACACUCCUCUAUCUGGCGUCUUUCUCCCACGCCAUCUUCGUCGAGUUGCCCCCCUUUUCUUCUCCGCCUUUGUGCUUGUGUUCUACCUCUCCUUGACUGGGACGUUUGGGGAAGUAAGUGGCAGUUUCUCCGACCCUACCACGCGAUAUAAGCUCUUCCCCCGCAAAAUUUGGCAAUCGUGGAAAGUCAAUCCUCUCGCCUUUGAAUUGAGAGAUCUUUUGGUCGCGCGAAGCUGGCCGGAGAAGAAUCCGCGUUACCGCUACGAGGUGUUGACCGAUGAGAAUGACCUCUACUACGUGGAGACUCACUACGGACCGGAAGGACUUAAUCGCCCGGACAUUGUCGAGGUGUAUCGCUCUCUGAACGCGCGCAUCAUCAAGGCCGACCUGUUGCGAUACUUGAUCAUGUACGUUGACGGUGGAGUAUGGGCCGACAUUGACGUGGAGGCCCUUCGCCCACUGGACCGCUUCAUUCCGGAGCGAUUCACCGAAGACGAGAUGGAUCUGGUGAUCGGCGUUGAGAUCGAUGAGCCCGACUUCAACAACCACGCCAUCCUGGGCCAGAAAUCGCAAUCUUUUUGCCAGUGGACCUUUAUGAGCAAGCCACGCCACCCUGUCAUGAUGCGGCUGGUGGACAAUAUUCUUGCCUGGUUGCAUGAGCGAUCCGCUCAGCAAGGCAAGCCUAUCGGCGAGCUGGAGCUGGACUUCGACGACGUGAUCAGCGGCACCGGGCCGUCCGCCUUCACCUCGGCCGUGCUGGCGGAGAUGAGCUUCCGUCUGGGGCAUGAAGUCACCUGGAGUACCUUUCACAACAUCCCCGAGUCGAAAUUGGUAGGAGGCAUUCUAGUGUUGACAGUCGAAGCCUUUGCUGCGGGCCAAGGCCAUUCCGACUCUGGCAACCACAACGCCCGAACCGCACUGGUCAAACAUCACUAUCAUGCUUCCAACUGGCCCUCCAACCACCCCCGCUUUAGCCACCCGGUGUAUGGGGAGGUCGAGAAGUGCAACUGGAACAAAGAGUGCGUGCGCGCAUGGGAUGAGAACACAGCAGCCUUUGCCGCCCUUCCGCCCGACGAACAGGAGCGUCAGAUCGCCCUCAAGCAAGCCAACGACGCAGCCGAAGCGGAACUGCAAUUGAAUCUCGGGAUGGACCUUGGCUUAGAUCUUGGAUUGAACCUCGGCCAAUAACCUCAUCCGAAA